AUGCAUUCCGUCGCCUGUAUUUAUUGCCUGCGCCGGGCCCCACACCCACCACACAGCGUCGCGCUCGUUGCGCUGCGGGUUGCCUCCCUGAACAUCGUCAUGAAUCUCAGCGAACUUGUCCACAAGCUCAAUCGCGGCAGCGGCAGGCAGGCACGACUCCACAUCACCCCCGACGGCGGUGCUUGCAAGCAACGUCAGCACGCCGUGCAUCCGCUCUUGCCGCCUCGGAACAUCAUCGGCAUGUCCAGGCGCCCCUCUCCAGCCCAGAUGGUAGCCCAUCAUGUCAUACAGCGGAAAGCCACGCUCGUUGACGAUCGCCUCAAGCUCGGAAUCAACCCGUGCCGUCAAUUCAUCAAUGGGUUCAAGUCUGACCGUACCGCCACGCACAACCUCGAUCUGAAGCCCAUAUCCUCGCAUCAACGCCAUCCCGACCAGAGGUUGAAUUUCAGCCGACUCUACGAGGGCAGCUACAGUUUCCCCUCCCAAUUCAACCAGUCCGUCGAAUACAUCUACAAAUUGCUGGCUGCCGUCUCCAAGUACGACUUCAUGCCGCAUAUUUGA